AUGGAGUGGCUCAUCGUCUCUCUGCUAAUACUGGUUGUUUCUACCUCCGGACAUCUCUGUCCCAAGCGUUGCAUGUGCCAGAAUCUGUCGCCAUCGCUUGCUAUUCUUUGUGCCAAAACAGGCCUGCUGUUUGUACCCAUGGUUAUCGAUCGUCGGACAGUAGAACUUCGACUUACUGAGAAUUUCAUCACAGCACUAAGGAGGAAGGACUUUACCAACAUGACAAGUCUCCUGCACCUGACGCUAUCACGCAACACCAUCAGCCAGAUCAUGCCUUACACCUUUGCAGACCUCAAACGGCUGCGGGCACUGCAUCUGGACAGCAACCGCCUCAGUGUGGUCACUGAUGACCACUUCCAGGGUCUAACCAACCUAAGGCACCUCAUCUUAGCCAACAACCAGCUCCAUAACAUUUCUCCACAUGCUUUUGAUAACUUCCUAGGGACUCUCGAAGACCUGGAUCUGUCUUACAAUAAUCUGGUGGACAUUCCUUGGGAAACCAUUGGGAGGCUCACCAAUGUAAAUACACUUAAUAUGGACCAUAACCUAAUAGAGCAUGUCCCUUUAGGAGUCUUUUCCAACCUACACAAGCUAGCACGUCUGGAUAUGACAUCCAAUAAACUGAAAAAAAUUCCUCCUGAUCCUUUGUUUCUUAGGAUCCCAGUUUAUGCUAAGUCCAAGGGGUCUCCACUGACCUCGCUUGUUCUUAGUUUUGGAGGAAACCCACUCCAUUGUAACUGUGAGCUUCUUUGGUUAAGACGGCUUACCAGAGAAGAUGACCUGGAAACAUGCGCCACACCUCCCGAUCUUACCGCUAAAUACUUUUGGACAAUUCCUGAAGAAGAGUUCAUUUGUGAGCCACCUGUUAUUACAAGAAGGUCCUUCAAGACCUUUGCUAUGGAGGGUCAGUCAGCCAGCUUAAAAUGUAAAGCCAAUGGUGAUCCAGACCCAGACAUCCACUGGAUUUCUCCUGAAGGUCGUCUGAUCUCUAACACUUCCCGCACUCUUACCUUUAGCAAUGGCAGUCUGGAAAUAAACAUCACCUCCCUGAAAGAUAUGGGCGUAUUCACUUGUAUUGCCUCCAAUGCUGCUGGUGAGUCUACAGGCACUGUGGAACUUGUUGUCACUCCACUUCCUCACCUGGCCAAUAGCACUAAUCGCAUCCAGGAGCCUGAUCCAGGACCAUCUGAUAUCUUGACAUCUGCCAAGUCCAGCUCUUCCUAUAGCAAUGAUACAAGGACGCAAGAAAAGACAGCAGUCCUGGCUGAGCUCACUGCAAACUCUGCUCUCAUUAGAUGGCCUUCACAGCAGCAUUUCCCCAGUAUUCGGAUGUUUCAGAUACAGUACAACAGCUCAGUAGAUGACACCUUGAUCUACAGGAUGAUCCCAUCUACAAAUCAGGACUUUCUGGUGAGAGAUCUGGCAUCUGGUCGUGAGUAUGACCUGUGUGUGCUGGCUGUAUACGAGGAUGGCAUCACCUCACUGACUGCCACGCGGCAGGUGGGCUGCGUCUCGUUCAUCACACAUGCUGAGUACACACAGUGCCGUGUGUUGCGCAGUCACUUUCUGGGUGGCACCAUAAUCAUCAUCAUUGGUGGCAUCAUUGUGGCAUCUGUGCUGGUCUUCAUCAUCAUCCUUAUGAUUCGCUACAAAGUGUACAGCCAGCAGGGACCCAAGGCUGGCAUAGGACUCACCAAGAUCAAGGUCCGUUCACAAAGCAAUGGAGGAGGAGGAGCAGGAGCAGGAGGAGGACAGGUUCCUGGGCAAAUGCCAUGCUCAGGUUCCAAAGUCAUGGAGGGGCAGGAGGACCAAGGACCAGGGUUUGGGGGAGGUCCAAGAGUGACAAAUUCCUCUCUCAAAGACUGCAUUACUAUGGCUUUAGUGAUGGACUGUGAGAAGGGAAUGCAGAACUUGGAGGCAAGCAGUGAGGGGACUGUUUUACCCUUACAAAAACGCCUAUCCAGAACUUGCCUAGAGCCAAAAGGUCAACCUUCACUGUCCACCAUCGAUGGGACCACAACUAUGGAAGGCAACACAGCAGGCCAGCAGGUCAGUGAGGAGAAAAUGGUUUUGCCGGACUGGGGCAAUUUAAAGAUUUGAUGACCUCCACUGCUGUCCAACAAGAGACAGCCAGCAACCCUGAAAACUCUCUUGGUGACCUGAAAUCAGGGGAAAUGUAAUGAUUUAAUGAAGG